AUGGUCGGAGCGCUAGCGUACACCUCGGUCGUCGGCCUCUCGACCGCUUCGGCGGUCGGCCUCUACAUGCUCCUUACCGGGAGCGGCGAGUCCUUCAACAUUGGCCUCUUCCUCGAAGAGACCAGCCCCUAUGCAUGGGCAAUGACUGGCAUCGCACUCUGCAUCGGCCUUAGUGUCAUUGGCGCUGGAUGGGGUAUCUUCAUCACCGGCUCGUCCAUUCUUGGCGCUGGUGUGCGGGCGCCGAGGAUCACGACAAAGAACCUGGUCAGCAUCAUCUUCUGCGAGGUCGUCGCCAUCUACGGCGUCAUCAUGGCCAUCGUCUUCUCGGCCAAGAUCACGGGCAACCUUGACGGCGGGUCCGAUGGGCUCUGGACGCCGGACAACUACCUCACUGGUCACCUGCUCUUCUGGGCGGGCAUCGUUGUCGGAGCGUGCAACCUCUUCUGUGGCGUCGCGGUCGGCAUCUCUGGCUCCAACGCCGCCAUUGCCGAUGCCGCCGACGACCAGCUGUUCAUCAAGGUGCUCAUCAUCUCGGUCUUUUCGUCGAUCCUCGGUCUAUUUGGCAUGAUCGUCGGCCUCAUUAUGACCGGACGCAUCUCCGACUUCUCAUAG